AUGGCACGUGUUUACUUAGGACGCUUGCCGUUCCGCGCUCGUGAAAGUGAUAUAGAACGAUUCUUCCAAGGCUAUGGAAAGAUCACUGACAUAGCCAUGAAGAGAGGAUUUGCAUUCAUUGAGUUUGAAAGCAAACGGGAUGCUGAGGAUGCUGUUGAUGAGCUAAAUGGACGCUCUAUUUUGGGAGACAGGUUUCCUAAAGAUUUCGAGAGACUGCUUAACGCCACCUAUCUUCACAACAUCUGUAUUAAGAAUAUACGGCGUUUUCUGUUUGUAUUCUAA